GAAGCCCGCCAGCCUCGCUGAUCCCCCCCGAUGUUGUCUUGCUUCUGCUUCAGCCUCCCGGAGAAUUCCUUCCCCAGCCCUGCGCAGCCAGAGUGUGACGAGGAGACAGAAUGUGUUCAUGAAGACCAAACAGCCAGUUCCACCCAAAGAGAUGAAAACAAGGAAAACUACCCAGACACAGCUGUAGUCUUAGAGGAAAACCAGGCAGUGUUCCAGGAUACCCAGACGCCCUGUGAUGGCACUUUAAGGGUUGGAAUGGGGAACUUAAAAUCCAGAAAGCCCACAUCCAUUCCAAAAACAGAAAAUGGGAAAAACCGUGAAGAAAGUCAGGAGAUGGGAAAUGCGUUACCGUGGCUCUCGGACUGUCAAAGGAAAACGGGGACACCAGCUAACGACUACUCAGAGAAUGCAGCUUUCCGAUACCAGGAAACGGUCAUCAAAUUUCAACCCAGGACAGAUCAGAGCGCAUUCAUUUCACCAAAAGAUGCUACUGAACACUUGCAGAGCUUCGCUGAGGAAGAAACUCCUCAGCUGCCGGCUGCAAAGGAUCCUGUCCCUUCCAUGGUCCAAACGGGGGCACACGCGGAGGGGGAUGGCUCUGGAGAGCCCGGGCAGAGCUACAAAGAGGGUCAGAUGGAUGCAGACAACGGACCCGAAGACCAUCACUCCUUAGGGACCAGUCGGCUGCUGUAUCACAUUACGGAUGGAGAUAAUCCUCUGCUGUCUCCUCGCUGCUCUAUUUUUAGCCAAAGCCAGAGAUUUAAUUUAGACCCUGAAUCGGCUCCUUCCCCACCAAGUGCUCAACUGUUCAUGAUGCCAAGAAGUUCUUCUCGGGGUAGCUGCGACGACUGCAAAGAACCCCAGACGGUAGCACAACUCACCAAGCACCUGCAGAGUCUUAAGAGGAAAAUCAGGAAAUAUGAAGAAAAGUUUGAGCAAGAAAAGAAUUACCGGCCUUCCCAUGCAGACAAAAUUGCCAACCCCGAAGUAAUGAAAUGGAUGAAUGAUUUGGCCAAAAGUCGUAAACAGCUUAAAGAGCUGAAGCUCAAAAUGUCAGAAGAACAAAGCUGCCCCCUCAAAGCGCCCCAACGAAACUCGCACCAGGACGGCUCCAAGGAGACCGUCAAGCAGGACGCGGCCGGAGCUCCCCCGAGUCCAUCCGUAGAAGAAACCAUGGAUGCCGUGCUGAAACAACUGAAGGAGAAGCGGCAGCAGCUCAAUAUCCCCGAGAAUAUUAAGGCCAUGACAAAAAAGCAAAUGGCUUUGGAAAAACUCAGUCUCCAGAAAAGCCUACUGUAUUUUGAAAGUAUUCAUGGACGACCUGCCAGCAAGCAAGACAGGAGUCUGAUGAAGCCCCUUUACGAACGCUACAGGAUUAUCAAGCAGCUUCUGUCAACGCCAACUUUGAUUACCACCAUCCAGGAGGAGGAAGACUCGGACGAAGACCAUUCCCAGAGCAGCUAUGAGUUGUCCUCAGCCACGUCGUCCCUCAACCUGCCCACUGAGGAUCAUCUGUGCCACUCGGAUGAGGAGAAUGAGCCUGCCUUUGUCUCACCCCUGGAUGAAAAAAGGGGAAUCAAACAGCCUGCCUUGUCGAUGUCCAACCUGCAUGAAGCUACAAUGCCCGUGCUGCUGGAACAUCUCCGAGAAACCCGAGCGGACAAGAAAAGACUACGGAAAGUGCUGAGAGAGUUUGAGGAGCAGUUCUUUAAACAGACAGGAAGGAGCCCACAAAGGGAAGAUCGCAUCCCCAUGUCGGAGGAGUAUUCUGAGUACAAGCACAUCAAAGCCAAGCUCCGGCUGCUGGAGGUGCUCAUCAGCAAGCACGACGUCUCCAAAACCAUCUGAAGCCGCUGGCGGUUGGCAAGAGUGAAAAACUCCCCGGUUUGGGGGGAGGGGGAAGCAGAGCGAGAAUGACGUGGGGGGCGGUUCUUUCGGCACAAGGGCCUGAACUUCUGAUGCAC